CUCACAACAUAUUUUGUCAUACGCAUGCAUAAUUUUGUUGGUCACAAUAUUAAUUGCUGGGCGAUUGAGCAACACAGUUAGAACGCGCUUGUUUUUGGUUUCUUUGAUUUUGGGUUUCAGUUGCGCGUGUUCGGCUGCAGCGACUGCAACGGCGACGCGCGCGAUUUACGCAGCGGCAACAACAACAACGACAAGAAACAACGUGCAAACAAUUUUUAAAAUCAAAUAAAAUAUUAUUUAAAAACAACUUAAACAAAAACAAAACGGCGCGCAGCAGCCCUUGCUACAAAAACCUUUCAAGAGAACCUGUUCUGCUGUCUCUGUGUGUGAGUGUGAGUGUGUGUGUGUGUAUGCUGCUUAUGCAAAUUCUAUAAGCGCAGCAACAACAACACUCGCACACCUGGCAGCUGAUUUUGCAGCGCAACGAAGCAACAACAACAACACACACAAUGAAAGUUCAGCUGCUGCUGCUGUGACACGAACAACAACAACAAACAACAGUAAAAGAGACCAACGCAAGGGAUUUCGGUUAUUCGCUUCGAUAUUGAUAUGCAUCGUUUGCGCUGUCUGAUUAACAACAACAAGAAGUACAACAAUAAUCGAAAGUCGAUAGAACACGAGCCGUAAAUUGCACGGAAACUCAACUGACAUUUUGCAACACUGCCCUGCAGUUAGCAGCAAUUUUCUUUUUUGAAAUACUCACCUCAGCCGAACUCUUGAGCUCUUUGACCAGAAACUGAUUCAAUUGUGCCAAGAUGUAUAAGCUUUUGGGUAGCCUGAAGAGCUACCUCAAGUGGCAGGACAUACAGACGGAUAACGCGGUCUUCCGUCUGCACAACUCCUUUACAACGGUACUGCUGCUCACCUGCAGCCUGAUCAUCACGGCCACACAGUACGUGGGCCAGCCAAUCAGCUGCAUUGUGAAUGGCAUUCCGCCGCAUGUGGUCAACACAUUCUGCUGGAUACACAGCACGUUCACUAUGCCAGAUGCGUUCAACCGACAGGUCGGUCGCGAGGUGGCACAUCCUGGCGUUGCCAAUGAUUUCAAUGACAAGGAUGCCAGAAAGUACUACACCUACUAUCAAUGGGUGUGCUUUGUGCUCUUCUUUCAGGCCAUGGCCUGCUAUACGCCCAAGUUUCUGUGGAACAAAUUCGAGGGCGGGCUGAUGCGCAUGAUUGUCAUGGGAUUGAACAUCACGAUCUGCACGCGCGAGGAGAAGGAGGCCAAACGCGAUGCCCUGCUCGACUAUCUCAUCAAGCAUGUGAAGCGCCAUAAACUGUAUGCCAUACGCUAUUGGGCCUGCGAGGUGCUCUGCUUUAUCAAUAUCGUGGUGCAGAUGUAUCUGAUGAAUCGUUUCUUUGACGGCGAGUUCAUAUCGUACGGCACGAACAUUAUGGGGCUGUCGGAUGUGCCGCAGGAGCAGCGCAUGGAUCCGAUGGUUUAUGUAUUUCCCCGUGUCACCAAAUGCAUUUUCCACAAAUACGGAGCCGGCGGUUCAUUGCAGACGCACGACUCUCUCUGCAUUCUGCCGCUCAACAUUGUGAACGAGAAAACCUAUGUGUUCAUUUGGUUCUGGUACUGGAUAUUGCUCGUACUGCUCGUUGGACUGAUGAUAUUCCGCGCCUGCAUCAUCUUCAUGCCCAAGUUCCGGCCGCGUCUGCUGAAUGCGCGCAAUCGCAUGAUACCCAUGGAAAUCUGUCGUUCGCUGUCCCGCAAACUGGACAUCGGUGACUGGUGGCUCAUCUAUAUGCUUGGCCGCAAUCUGGAUCCGGUCAUUUACAAGGAUGUGAUGGGCGAGUUUGCCAAACAGGUGGAGCCCGCGAAGCACGAUCGCACCAAGUGAUUGUCAAAAAGGGCUAAGCACAAGAAAGAGACAACGAGCGAGAGAGAGAGAGAGAGAGAGAGAGAUACAACUGCUCUGGAUUAUAUUCAUAAUUAUUAUUAUUAUUAUUUAGCACAAAUCAUGACAAUUAGUUGAAAACCACACACCGAAUGCAAAAAGAAAAUGACAAUCUUUAGCAAUAGCUCUACUACCGCUUACCUUCCCGAUACCCCCCGCCCAAAACUCUUAAUCAAUGAUCACAACUCGAAUCAUUUCAAAUCGCAAGGCAGCUUAAAAACAGAGAAGAAAAUUGUUGAAAUAUUUUUGAAGAAAUAUUUUUUCAGUUUUUUCAGUUUUUUUUUUUGAUAUUUUUUUUUAUUGAUUUUCUUUGACAAAACGAAGCAAAAAUAUUUUUUUAUUUUUUUUCAUACUAUUAAAUUUAAUUUAAUAUUUAGCAUGUAUUUAUGUAGAUCUAAAGAAAAACAGAAAGAAAAACGAGUUACGGCCCAAGAAAUUCUAAAAAAUAUAUAUAUACAACAAUAUAUAUAUAUAUAUAUAGGCAUAUAUAAUUAUAUAUAUAUUUGAUUCUUAUGAAAUUAAGAGCAACUUGCAACUGCCAAGCAAAAACCAACAACAACAACAACAACAACAAACAACAACAACAAUAGCAACGCUUCAGAACAUAAUACCAGAAAUAUUAUAAUAAAUAUAUAAAUAUUGCUUUUGAGUCUUUCAUAAUAGAUCACAUGAUCAUAAAUCCUUAUAAAUCAUAAACUAUGAAGCGUAUUGCUGGCACAUUUACAUUUGAAGCUGUUUCAAAUCGAACGCAGAAGAGAUAACUAAAUGUUAAGUUUAUUGUGUAGUUUUAGGCGAAAAUUGCAAGUUUUUUUAUAAAAGUGAAAUAUAUGCAUAAUACGUAUGAAAUAAACUCUAUAUAACUGGCGAAAA